AUGAGCGGUAAGGCAGGCGCAUACGGCACCUCCGGUGGAGGUGACACUGACUUCAGGAAAACAUGGGAUCGCGAGGAGAUGGCCAAAAAGGCGAAGGACAGAGAAGCCAGAGACCGCGACGAAGCCAAAGAACGAUGGGAAGCAAAGCAAGCCGGAAAGUCGUACAGGCGGCGCGCGUCCACGCCAGAGGACCUGAAGAACACGGAAGCGCGAACCGAGAGGAUAGAUUGGAGUAAGAUGAUCGGCAAGCAGACCCUCACAUCAGCAGCGGCGGCUGUGGGCAAGAGGGGACGCGGCGCAGGCGCGUAUUGUCAAGCCUGCGAUCUUACAUUCAAGGACAACAUCCAAUACGUUGAGCAUCUGAACAGUAAGCAGCAUUUGGUCGCGACUGGCCAGUCGGGUGAAGUUCGACGCGCGACACUCGAAGAAGUACGGGAUCGCUUGCGGUAUUUGAAGCGCAAGAGGGAUGAGGACAAGAACGACGAGGUGUUGAAUCUGGACGCGCGGUUGGAGAUGCACAAGGAGAAGCUGGAACAAGAGGCGGAGGAGCGCAGAAGGAAGAGGAACGAGAAGCGCAGGGCGAAGAACAAGGGGGAUAACAAUGCCAUGGAGUGGAAGGUGGAGGGUGAUGGAGUGAUCGCUUGA